AGGCAACUCCUCUUCUCUGGUUCCCUACCUCCCUGUCCCUACCUCUCCCUCCCUUCCUCAGACAUCAGAGAGCACAGAACCCAGUUCGCCAGGCUCAUGGCGAGACGCCCUGCCAUGUCGCCUCCAAGGCCUCUUCUGAUGCUGGCCCUGCUGGCAUGGGUUGUUCUGGCUGACCAAGAAUCAUGCAAGAACCGCUGCACUGAGGGUUUCAACGCCAACAGGAAGUGUCAGUGUGACGAGCUCUGCUCUUACUACCAGAGCUGCUGCACCGACUACACGACUGAGUGCAAGCCCAAAGUGACUCGUGGGGAUGUGUUCACUCUGCCAGAAGACGAAUACGGGGCCUUUGACUACCAUGAGGGGACCACUGACUAUGCACAACUGGAGAGCACCACCCUCAGCUCUGAUCUGCAGGCACCAUUUGAAAGGGCUACUGAGCAGGCACCUGUUCUGAACCCAGAACAAGGGCAGGGGACCCUAAGCCCUGAGGUGGGGCCUGGGAGCACUGGUCAACAGAUCUGGUCAACAGCAGAGGAGCCGUGCAGUGGGAAGCCCUUUGAUGCCUUCACUGACCUCAAGAAUGGUUCCCUUUUCGCCUUCCGAGGACAGUACUGCUAUGAGCUGGAUGAAAAGGCAGUGAGGCCUGGGUACCCCAAGCUCAUCCAAGACGUCUGGGGGAUCGAGGGUCCCAUUGAUGCUGCCUUCACCCGCAUCAACUGUCAGGGGAAGACCUACCUCUUUAAGGGUAGUCAGUACUGGCGCUUUGAGGAUGGUGUCCUGGACCCCGAUUACCCCCGUAACAUCUCUGAAGGCUUCAAGGGCAUUCCUGACAACGUGGACGCAGCCUUGGCCCUCCCAGCUCACAGCUACCAUGGCCGGGAGCGGGUCUACUUCUUCAAGGGUAAACAGUACUGGGAAUACGAGUUCCAGCAGCAGCCCAGUCAGGAGGAGUGUGAAGGCAGCUCCCAGUCAGCUGUGUUUGAACACUUCGCCUUGCUGCAGCGGCACAGCUGGGGGGACCUCUUUGAGCUUCUGUUCUGGGACAGAUCCUCUGAUGGUGCCGGACAGCCCCACUUCAUCAGCAAGGACUGGCCUGGUGUGCCUGAGCAAGUGGACGCAGCCAUGGCUGGCCGGAUCUACAUCUCAGGCUACGCUCCCAGUUCCUCCUGGGUCAAGAAUGUUAAGUCUAAGCGUCGCAGUCGUAAAGGCUACCGCUCACGCAGUGGGCGUGGGCGUGGGCGUGGCGGUGGCCGCAGCCAGAACCCCCAUCGGAAAUCCCGUUCACUCUGGCUGUCCUUGUUCUCCAGUGAGGAGAGGGGCUUAGGAGACGACUACUAUAAUUACCCAGAGACAGACUGGCUUGUGCCUGCCACCUGUGAACCCAUCCAGAGCGUCUACUUCUUCUCAGGAGACAAGUACUACCGCGUUAACCUUCGCACACGGCAAGUGGACACUGUGAGCCCUCCCUACCCACGUAAUAUCGCCCAGUACUGGUUGGGCUGCUCAAACUCUGUCCCCAAGUAGGAGUCUGAGCCCACACAGCUGGGCCCUCUUCUGCUCCCUCCUCCAACCUCCUCCUCCCAGCUCAAUAAAGAAUCCCUUGGCCCUGA